ACCUGGAAGUUGCGUCGCCGGGAGAGGGGCGGAGCUUUCCGGUGCGGGGAAGGUGCCGUUGCCAGCAGCCUCCCCGGAGGCACCGGCAGGCUCCUCUCCCUCCCUUCGCUCCCCUUUCCCGGCCAUGCGGCCGCUCUGAGCCAUGGGCGCCAGCGGCUCCAAGUCCCGGGGCCUCUGGCCCUUCGGCUCGGGCGGGCCGGGCGGCUCCGAGGGGCCGGGCGGGGACCAGGCUCUGGCCCGGGCGCGGGGACUCUGCUCGGCCACCCCCUUCGUCUUCACCCGCCGCGGCUCUAUGUAUUACGAUGAGGAUGGUGACCUUGCCCAUGAGUUUUAUGAGGAGACAAUAGUCACCAAAAAUGGGAGAAAGCGUGCCAAGCUGAAAAGAAUCCACAAGAACCUGAUACCUCAGGGCAUAGUGAAACUGGAGCACCCUCGGAUACAUGUGGACUUCCCUGUUAUCAUCUGUGAGGUCUGAGCCAUGGAGGGGAGUGUGAACUGUCAGUGUGUGCUAUCAAGGCACCUUACUUGCCCAGUUUUACUGUACCUCACGUAAACCAAGCUAGGCAGCCACGUCUCCCUUCAGAGUGAUGGAUCAAGAGCACAGACGCAUGGUUAGCUUUGAAGCUUGUCUGCUAGGAUGAGGCGGCAACGGCUACGGCACUGACGGCAUCAUGGGAUCGUAUAAUCAGGAAUAGCAUUGGCUAGGAAUGUGUGUUGGUAGGACCUGUGUCAAGUGAGAUGUUUGGCCUUGUUUAGUGACCUCCUCAAAAAAUCCCCCUUGCUGAAUUGAGUGAAAUCCAACAGAUUCCAAGUGUCUUGAGACCACGGAGAACCGACCUGCACCUUUUUCUGACCGGGUGGCCUGCUUUCUGAGUUCCCCAUCAGUAUUCUUUAAAUGCUGACAACGAAGUUUCUGUUUAUAUGCUGUAUAUGAGAGUAAAGGUGAGCAGUAAGCAGCUUGUGCUUCUCCACCCCUUUCCUCAACGUAACAUAACUGAAUAAUCUAAUGCUGUACUGUACUUGGAGGGGUGGAGGAUGAUAACAGAGCUGUACCUAACAGAGUUGUCCAAGGCAGGGUUCCCUAUUGAAACAGACUGAUGUGCAAGCCUUGCUCCCCCUCUCUCUAAUAUCUUCCUAGUGAGUUGCACUAUUUCCUUUGCAGGCAGUGUCUUUUUCAACUUCACUGCUUGGAAAAUUCCACUGACUUCUUCCUAUGCUGUGGCACAUCAGUAGAGGCUGUUGGCAGCAGCAGCAUCUGAGCUUGCAGUUUUCCUGUGGAGCCUUACCAAACAGGCCACCUCUUAGAAGGCGUUUGUCGACAGGUUCUGGUUUCGUUCCAAAGUAGACUUCCUUCUUGUGAAUCUGCAUCUUGUGACUGGGUUGUAUUCAACUGGCUUUUACAUGGGAGUAUUCCCAUUAAAAUUAAUAGACCAUGGUGAAUUGGUCAUGGUAAUUAAUUUCAGUGGGUCUACUCUGAGUAAAAAGUGGAGAGUGCAAGGCAGAUUGCCAUUUCCCUCCCCACUCCAUUCUUACUGCUGACAUUUCUCUCUCUCUCUCUCUCUCUCUCUCUCUCUCUCUCUCAAUUAAAACAGAAAUAGGUAACACUGUCCUUUUAAUCCUUAGGUUUUGCUGUUGGCACUAAGGCAACUUACGUUGCUUUGAUCAAAAUGUUUACCAACCUGAUUGUAUGCUUCCCCUGCUCCUUUCCUCCAAAGGAAAACAAAACAAAACAAUAAUGUACUGUGAUCUUCCUUUGACAGUCUCCUUGACUCUUUGGAUUGGGCCAGGUAUUGCCUGAUAUGGGAGAAUGCAGCACACUUUAAAGGAAGGCUAUGUGUGUUGGGAGGGCUCUACCCUUUCCCCCAAUGUAUGAAUGUGAAAUGUUUGGUUUGUAGGGCCACUUCCCAAACUUGACUUGAGUACCACUGGUAGCUAUAUGUGCUGAAGUGGUACACCUGCCUCUCCUUCCCAAGUUUUUGCUUCUAAGAUUUAGAGCUACCUGCUGCUGAAAACUGAACAGGCAAAACCCUGUCAGAGGCACUCUUUAUCUUUUGAAGACGGUUUCAUAUGCAAUGCCUGCCUGCCUGCCUUUUCUGCCAACUCUCAGAAUUUAUAUAAAGCUUUAAAACCGAAUUGUGGGCGAGUUAGCUGCAAGAGUUGGUUCAUUGCACAGCAUAUUUUCCUUCCCGGAGCAUGUCAUUGCCUUUCUGAGCACUUCAGGCAUUUGCUACCUCAAUGUUUAGUUUAAAUUUGCUGGUGCAAAGCUGUGCCUGCCAGCAGCAUCAAUAAGUUUGUGUCAUCUCUGCACCUACAUGGGAAUCCUUUUUAAGCACUACAAACCAGGUUAGAAACAGGGUGGAGUUUAAGUGGCAAUGUUGACUGAGCUCUCUAUUCAGUGACUGUCACAUUUGCCUCGCUGUCGCCCUUUCAACUGUAUGCCGAGGGUUGUAUGUUAGGAUUGUUCCUUAGUGCACGGUGGCUUCCUGAGUUGCAGCUGCUCUUCCAUGCAGAACUUGUGUAUUACUAUACAGGUGUAGAACUAUACAGUUAACCAUAAAAGGGUAAGAGCAUAAGCUGUUGGCAUUGGCCCUGUGUCAUAUUUCCAUCCUCCAUCUUCACGUGUCACUUAUCUUUUGGUUGAAUCUCAUUUGGGUAAUGAUGGGAAGCUGGCAUCUUUAUCCUUCAUUGGGGAAGGGAGUGUCCACUACCAAAACAAGAGCAUCCCGGGGGUGGAGGUGUGUUUGCAACACUCAUUGGAAAGCAAAGCUCUGCCUCUGCAUUAUUGUGCUUUACGAGUUGCAGGCUGAAAUCAGUGGGAGGAGACUUCCUUAUUCUUGAACAGUAUAGUUGACAACAGAUAUCAAGCCUGCCGUUUAGAAGUUUUGCCCCACAGCUAGUUCAGAAGAAGCACUUUGCUGUAUGUGAGGGUUGUUUGUUGCAUCUUCAUACUAGAGAGUUUUCUCUGUUACCUAGAGAUUUUUCUCUGUUACAUGGGACUUGAUAGUCAUGAGAUACUGGGAGUGAAAGGCUCGGUGGUGACACCCUUUGCAAUUUCCUAAAAUACCCAAUUUAUGUUAUUUCAUUAGCUGUCUUGGUUUUGAGCAAGCAAAUACCCUGUGGUCAGAAAAGAACUGUGCAAUGUUGGCUUUCAUUUCCCCCGCCACUUCUAGUGCUUAUAUCCAUCCUGCUGGGGACCUCCCUCCUACUGGAACCUAAAUGGAGCCCGUACCCAGAGAAAGCUUCAUUUCUGCCUAGCUUGAAAUUUCUCCUAAGAUGUAGCAGACUCCCUGGAGCUACCGGCAGCUGCUUUCAAUCCAUUUCUCUAAAAGGCUGGCUUGCCCACUGAGACUGUAGCUGUGCAGUUAAGACUUCCUGGAUUUUAUAAUCCUACCGAUCCUGUCCCUCUCAUUGUGCUUUCUGGCAGCCCCAUUUCUCUUGAGAGUGGCAGCUGUUGUCAGGCUCGGGAAGACGGCUUUAUACAGGAUGCUGAUAAUGUGAAAGUUGGUGUAAAUAAUAUAUAUAUAUAUUAUCACUAUUGUUGGAACAAGCAAAAAGUUCUAUUUCCUUUUUUAUUACCCUUCUGUGCAUAUGUGGUUGUGUAGAAGACCCGAACCCACUAGCACUACACUUCCUGCUCCUAUAGCAUACGGAUAGGAACCCUGAAGGCAAAUGUGUAAAAUAUUUAUGGUUUGUUUCUCUGCCUUGAAGUGCAUUUGUUGAAUUUUGUUAAAUUUCAAUAAAAUUAUUUGUAAGUCCCAGAACUUUA